UUAGAGCGCAAACAAGCACAAAAAAAAAACAUAAAGCAAAUCUCUUCCAAAAAAACUUUCUUUUUCACUUUUUCAGUCACAAAAUUCCAAUUUCCAAAUCUUUCUCUUUGGAAUAUACACAUUACAAGCACCACCUCUUUCCUCUCUUUCUGUGCCUUCCCUUGCUUUUCUUCACAGUUUCAUAUUCAUAACCCAAUAUUGCAAUAACCCAUCUCACACAUCUCAGUUUAUAGCUUUUUUUUCAUUGAUAACAGAACAACUCUCUUUAUUCAAUACAGGAGUAUAACAUGUAUCCGAAGGUUAAGGUAAGAAGGGAUGAAGACCAAAAGGAUCAACGUAAUUGGAGUUCUUUGCUUUCCUUGAAGGAUAUCCAGUUUCUAUUAUUACAGGAUUCUUGUUUUCCAGUGAAGGAGUUCCAAGAUGUUUCUCCAACUCCCACUGCAAGAAUUCCCAAAUCUUAUGUGCCAAACAUAGUACUGCCUGCAGAAUCUGCGUCUGAAGGAGCUGAUAAGAAAGGCGAUGUUGAUGAGGAGAAUAGACCAAAAAUUAGAGCCAGUUCAGUCCCACGUCCACGUGCUGUCAUAUCUAGCCCUGACAAUGAUGCUGUGAUUGGAAAUAAAAAUAAACCCAAAGCAUUGAAGAAUCAUAAUUCCAUACAAAAUAGACAUACACACUGUAAAGUUGUGCAGACUCGAGCUGUUGAUGAAAGUCCUUUAAACACAAGGAAAUCCAACAACAAUACUGAUAGAAAGUUUGAUCUUAAAGGAAAGAAAGGGCCAGUGCCAGGGCCAGCUACUGCAAUAUCAAGCCAGAGAAGAAAUCUAACUGCUAAUAAAAAACCAAGUUCUCUAAGAAUUUAAUAGCUUAUAUCGGUUAUCAUAGACUCUGGAUUCAUUCAUACUCAACAAGUAAAUCAUACAGAGAGCUUUUUGUUUCCUCCACAUGCUUUUAUUAUUAUUGUUAUUAUUAUUAUAUGUUUCUUCUGUACAAACAAAAUCAUGUGAAGAGGCAAUGUAGUUCAACGAUAUUCUUAGGCUAUCCUGUUUCCACUUUCUCAGUAUUUACUUGAAUAUUAAGUUUUUUCUGUCA